AUGACGGAAGAGUUUGAGAUCGCCGGAAGUACGACCGGAACUUGGUGGAGUUCGCCAACAAACUCCGCCGCUGUAUACUCCGGCUACUCGUUGCCACGUCCCAACGAGAUUAGCCUCGACAUCACAGAUUUCGGAUGGCAAAACUUCGAUAACAACAUUAACGAUCAUAAUGAUGAUUUAAUGAAUAUCCAUCAUAGUUUCUUCGACGGAUUAUUUGAUCCUAACGAGCAAAUACUAUCGAAUUCUUGGCCAAAAACUACAAUUCCUAACGCGAAAUCCGAGCUGCUCGAAAGCUUUCCGUUCUUAGAUAACAUGUUCUUGAUCGAUUCAGAAGCUGAAUCUUUCUUGGAUCAUGAGAUCAGAAACCAUAAGUCUAAGGAGCAAUUUACACAGGAAUGCAAGAUUCUUACUUCAAAGGCACAAUUAGAAGAGAACAGCGAUGAAUAUUCACCACGAUUUCUAAAAAGACCAAGAAUCGAGACAUUGUCUCCAUUGCCAAGCUUCAAAGUUCGUAAAGAAAAACUCGGUGAUCGAAUCACUGCACUUCAGCAACUUGUUUCACCAUUUGGCAAGACAGAUACGGCUUCUGUUCUCAACGAAGCUGUAGAGUACAUUAAGUUUCUUCUAGAACAAGUCACUGGGUUGAGUAAUCCAGAACAAAACAGCAGAGGAUCUGUUCAACAACAGCAGUGUUCAGACAAGAGAUCCCUGAAUACUCAAGAAGAAGAAGAAUGUAGUUCAAGAAGACACGUAGAUCUUGCGAGCCGUGGGCUAUGUCUGAUGCCGAUCUCGGUUACAUAUCCGGUGGCUGCAGCCGCGGCUUCCGCUGCAGAGAUGAACACAUCUGAUUUCUGGAAUAUUCCAUUCUCUGUUAACCUGUAA